CUUCACUAUCGAUUUUUCCAUAGAUCCCGGCUGAAUUUAUUGAUGGCUUAUGACUGACGAUGAAUCGGACACUUCCUCGCUCUCGUCCCUCUCGAGAAGCGGAUUCCCCCUAUUUCCUACUAUAGGAGUCGUCACCCCCGAUGCCUCAAAUGGGUCGGAAAAGUCGACUUCCUCUCUUCUGGAAUUAGGUUCACAAACUCUCUUUGGGUUCUGGAGCAAAAACAAAAGUAGAAGCAGCGAGCAAGACUGUGCCACCAAUUUUGCGCGUGACACGAGGCCCAAAACUCUCAAGCAUGAUGCUAGCGGGCACUCUUACCCUACUGUUGGCCUGAAUAGUAGCGGUAAAAAAGGUGAAUUUCUUGAUGAGGGUGUGGAUGUGAGUGAAAUCCGGCGCCUGGUGAGCUCUGCCGAUGGCUCCACGAGUGAAAAGCCUACUUUGGACACGCGCAUUUUGCGGGCAAUGGGCUCUCAAAUGGCCGUCGGUGAUUACCAGGACAUAGCAGGCCAGAAAGGCAAGUUCAGGUAUGUUGAUAUGUACGAAAAGGCACUCAGAACAUUAGAGCCAUGCGACCUGAGCGCCCCCUCUGUGUUUGGUGUUUCGGGCCUUGACGAGUACCAGCAGUUCGUCAAAUUGCUGGAGCUAGACCAGCAGAUCCAGGAGGAUUUGGCCUCACACAAGUUCUCCAAGAACUCAAACGUGCUCCCUGUUUUGGACACGGGUGACUUCCACAAGCUAUAUAACCACCAGGAUAUAUACUCACCGGAGAUCCGAGCCACAAAACGGUUCAAGUUCCCUUUCCCGUGGAAGCGGAAACCGCCUGCACGUGCUGCUACCAAUGCUAUGGAUAGCGAGGACGAUCUGACGCAAAACCUCCUGCCUUCGUCGCUGGAAAUGCCCAAACAACAGGCGUUCCUCCACAGGAAACUCGAGGUCCGGCACUUGCAGAUGAUCUCCAUGGGGGGAACCUUGGGCGUCGGUUUGUAUUUGAACAUCGGAAAGGCAUUCACGAUCGCAGGGGGCUUGGGCACAGUUUUGGCCAUGUUUCUCGUGGGGCUUGUGGUGCUUGCCACGGUGAUUUCGUUUUGUGAGAUGGUGACUUUCGUCUCUGUUAUCGACGGUGUCUCUGGGUUGAGCUCACGUUUUGUCGACGAAAGUUUUGGAUUUGCCACUGGCUGGCUCUACUUUUGCAGCUUCUCGUUUGGCCUUGCGGGCGAGGUCGUCGCGUCGGUGAUCAUAUUGAGCUACUACUCGGAAACGGAGAUCUUGACUAACAGUGGCUCAACUGCCGGUUUUGUCACCUUGUUUUUGCUAAUAUGCAUCGUGAGCAACAUUUUGAGUGUCAGGAUAUUCGGCGAAAUUGAGUAUUUUUUCAGCUUGGCGAAGGUCCUCAUUACCCUUUUGGGGAUUAUUGUCAUGAUCAUUGUCAACCGUGGAGGCAUUGGCAGCCAGGGCGUGGUGGGAUUCAAGUACUGGCUGUACCUGGAGUCUGAUUUCGAACACAACUUGAUAUUUGGUCCCUUCCGGCCGACUUUCAAUUUGUUUAGUGAUGGCUCGGACUCUAAGGCUGAAGGUAUUGGUGGUGACACUGGAAGAUUUCUUUCGCUUCUUGUUGCCAUUGUCGUUGCUGCUUAUGCAUACAGUGGUACUGAAAUUGUAUGUAUCGCCGCAUGUGAGGCAAAAGACCCACGCAAAGCUCUUCCUUCAGCCACCAAUAGGGUUUUUUGGAGAAUAUUGAUUCUAUACUGCUUGGCUUCUUUCGUGGUAUCGCUCAAUAUAUAUGCUGGGGACCCUAGACUUCUCAGGUACUACAGUGGUACCACGGGCGUGUCACCCAGCGAGUAUGACACCAACUAUGCGAUCAAUUAUGUCGGGGGCGCAAACUGCAGCAAUUACGAUCAAGUCAUUGCGGGCUUUGCAAAUGGGUCACAGAGCCCGUGGAUCAUUGCCUUUCAAAGCGCUGGCUCUUGUAGCUGGAGCAGUGUGGUGAAUGCUUUCAUUUUCUUCUUUGCGUUGUCUUGUGGUAUAUCCCAGCUCUAUGUGAGCUCCCGAACAGCCUACUCGUUAUCCUUGCAGCGCAAAGCGCCGGGGUUUUUGAGGAAAUGCAACAAAUACGGCACGCCAUACAUGGCAGUGUUGUUCGCAGUGACCCCCGGUCUUUUGUCGUAUACCUGCGUCUCGCUGCAAGCCACGACUGUGUUUCAAAACCUCACCAGUUUGAUCUCGUCCUCGGGUGUCUUUACGUGGUUCGCAAUGUGUCUCACUUUCAUACGGUUUUUCUUUGGGUUAAAAAAGCGCCCGGACAUCAUAGGCCGAGACGACAAGUCGUACCCCUAUCGCUCAAUACUUCAGCCGUACAGCGCAAUUUUCGGUCUAUUUGGGUCUCUGGUAAUCUUGCUUUCCAUGGGCUACGUCGUGUUUUUGAAGGGGUGCUGGAAUACGUGGUUUUUCUUUUCAAGCUACGGGACGCUCAUGAUCUUCGUGGUAUUAUACCUAGGACACUGGUUUGUGCGUGGCACGCGGAUCUCAAGUCUCGAAGCCUUAGACUUCGACUCUGGAAGAAGAGAAAAAGACAUUUACAUUUGGGAUGGUGGCAAGGAAUACAAUUUGCGCAAAGUGAAAGAUCUCUCGCGCAAGAUUGUGGACUGGCUAGCGUGAUGCUUCAGAUGCUGGCGGGUAUGAUAUGGGCAGUAUGUGUUGUUACGGCAAAUGGGGUGUAAAUGGGGAUAAACUGCCACUGUCGCCUAUUAAUUGCACUUUGAAUAAUGAAAAGCCCCAUAUGUGGCAAGAGUGGUAAAGUGUACCAGGAAAUUUACAUUUUAUGUUUCUCAUGAGUGUAGUUAGGAAGUUCGCUUAUCCAUCAAUACAUCAAUGCAUAGGUAAGCAAUACAGCUAUAUAUCUCGUUAGUAUGUUGAAGUAGGUG